AUGAAGUCUUUGUAUGAUAAGACUAAAGCAUCAGCUUUAGGAAUAUACGUGUUCAACAAACCUUCAUUGUUGAUACGGGAUCCUGAAUGGAUCAAAACCAUUUUAGUUAAAGAUUUCAACUACUUCCACGAUCGUAUCGUGGCUUUAGAUGGAGAUAGUGAUACUUUAGGAACAAAAAACCUUUUUAGUAUUAAAAAUCCAGAUUGGAAACAAAUGCGUGUCAAACUGACGCCAAUUUUCACGUCAGGAAAAAUGAAGAACAUGUUUCAUCUCAUGAAUGAUGAAGGAAAAAUUUUAAAUGAAUAUUUACACAAAUUAGCUGAUUCCAAGGAACCAAGUGACAAUGCAAGGGAAUUAAGUGCAAGAUACACCACUGAUGUUAUUGCGACUUGUGCUUAUGGAAUCAAAGCAAACUGCAUGAACAAUCCUGAAGCUGAAUUCAGAUCAAUUGGAAGAAAAAUAUUUGAAGUUAGUCUUAGACGAGUGUUAGAAUUGGGUUCAUUUUUUUUCUUUCCUAGAGUCGUGAAUUUACUAGGUUUAAAAUUAUUCGCGCAUGAAGGAACUGAGUUCAUCCGUAACACUUUCAAUGAAACUAUAAGAAUUCGCGAAGAGUCUAAAACAAAACGACACGACUUGGUUGAUGUCCUAAUAGACUUAAAAAAUGCUCAAACAGCACCAGGAGAAAUGAGAUUCGAUGGUGACACUUUGGUAGCCCAAGCAGCUGUAUUUUUCACUGCUGGUUUUGAAACCUCUUCUAGUACAAUGUCUUACAGUUUAUAUGAAUUAGCUAUUAACCCAGACAUACAAGAAAAACUUCGUGCUGAAAUCAAAGAAAUACUUGAGGAAGACGACAUCACUUACGAAUCCAUCAAUAAAAUGUCAUAUUUAGACAUGGUUAUAUCAGAAACGUUGAGAAAAUAUCCACCAUUGGCGUUUUUGGACCGAAAAGUAGCUGAUAAUUCAACUGGAUAUCGUCUUCCAAAACCUCAUGACGAUGUAGUUUUGGAACCAGGAACGCCGAUAUAUAUCCCUAUGCUUGCUGUACACAUGGACCCAGAGUAUUUCCCUGAUCCGGAGAAAUUCGAUCCAGAAAGAUUUACUGAUGAAGCCAAAAGGAAUAGAAUUCCCUACACGUAUUUCCCAUUUGGAACUGGUCCACGCAACUGCAUCGGUGAGAGAUUCGGUCUUCUGCAGACAAAACUGGGUCUGGUGCACAUGCUAAAAGACUUCACCGUCCAUCCGUGCGCGGACACGCCCAGCAAGAUCACAUUCACUCCGUUGUCCUUCUUGCUGACUCCGAAAGACACGAUUAAUUUGAAAUUCUUGAGAAUAUUGACUUGUGCUAAAAAAACUGUACAUUACCUCAGGAUUUCCAGAAGAGAGCUGACUAGGAACCUGGAACCAGGAAUCAGAAAUCGGGAACAAGACACUAUCACUGCACUUGUCGAAUACAGUUCCUUCAAAAUGGACUUGAUAAAUAUAUUUCUAUUAUUACUUACAUUUGUAGGAACAUUUAUUUAUUAUUACCAUAGUUAUUCUACUUAUUGGUCGUCGAAAGGAAUAGCAAGUUUCAGACCGCUUCCAUUUGUUGGAAACUUUAAAGAUGUCCUGUUGGCCAAAGUGAAUUCAGGAGUUUUCAUGAAGUCUUUAUAUGAAAGGACCAAAGCACCAGCUUUAGGAAUGUACGUGUUCAACAAACCUUCGUUGCUGGUACGGGACCCUGAAUGGAUCAAGACAAUUUUAGUUAAAGAUUUUAACUUCUUCUACGACCGUAUUGUAGCUGUGGCUGGAGAUGGUGAUACUUUAGGAACAAAAAAUUUAUUUAGCAUUAAAAAUCCAGAUUGGAAACAAAUGCGUGUGAAGCUGACGCCCAUUUUCACCUCAGGAAAAAUGAAGAGUAUGUUUCAUCUUAUGAAUGAUGAAGGAAGAAACUUAAAUGAAUAUUUACACAAAUUAGCUGAUUCUAAACAACCAAGUGACAAUGCAAGGGAAUUAAGUGCUAGAUACACAACCGAUGUUAUCGCGACCUGCGCUUAUGGAAUCAAAGCAAAUUGCAUGAACAAUCCAGAAGCUGAAUUUAGAUCAAUUGGAAGAAAAAUUUUUGAAGUUAGCUUCAGACGAGUGUUUGAAGCAAGUUCAUUUUUCUUCUUUCCUAGAAUUGUGAGUUUACUAGGUUUAAAAUUUUUUGCCCAUGAAGGAACUGAAUUCAUCCGCAACACUUUCAACGAAACUAUUAGAAUACGUGAAGAGUCCAAAACAAAACGACACGAUUUAGUUGAUGUACUAAUAGACUUAAAAAAUGCUAAAACAGCACCAGGAGAAAUAAAAUUUGAUGGUGACACUUUGGUAGCCCAAGCAGCUGUAUUUUUCACUGCAGGUUUUGAAACCUCAUCUAGUACAAUGUCUUACACUUUAUAUGAAUUAGCUAUUAACCCAGAUGUACAAAAAAAACUUCGUGCUGAAAUCAAAGAAAUAGUUGCGGAAGACGACAUCACUUACGAAUCCAUCAAUAAAAUGUCAUAUUUGGACAUGGUUAUAUCAGAAACUUUGAGAAAAUAUCCACCAUUGGCGUUCUUGGAUCGAAAAGUAGUUGAUAAUUCAAAUGGAUAUCGCCUUCCAAAACCUCAUGACGAUGUUGUUUUGGAACCUGGAACACCAAUAUAUAUUCCGAUGCUUGGAUUACACAUGGAUCCAGAAUAUUUCCCUGAUCCUGAGAAAUUUAAUCCUGAACGAUUUACUGAUGAAGCCAAAAGAAAUAGGAUUCCCUACACGUAUUUCCCAUUCGGAACUGGUCCACGCAAUUGCAUAGGUGAGAGAUUCGGUCUUCUGCAGACAAAACUGGGUCUGGUGCACAUGCUAAAAGACUUUACCGUCCAUCCAUGCGCGGACACGCCCAGCAAGAUCACAUUCACUCCGUUGUCCUUCUUGCUGACUCCGAAAGACACAAUCAAUUUGAAAUUCUUGAGAGCUUAAGAUGACACCUAGCAAAUUCUGUGGCCGAUGGUAACAACACGAGAUAAAAUCAUCAAUUUUUUUUUUACUAUUUCUUUAUAUUUUUCAACAGCAAUCAAAACCUUACGUCUUAUGAGCUGUUCGGCUAAAACUUCUGACUUCAUAUUUUUUUAGAUGGUAACCCAAUGGUUAAUCCAUCCAUAUUUGAUGAUUUUGGAUUAGAAUUAAUCUAAUAGGGCUGACUUUUUAUUGGUG